AUGCUCUACUGGUCAAUAAUUGUUGUGAUUCUUUCAGAAGUGACAAUUAUCCGGUUUGUAAAGAUUUAUUAUCUAACUACUGUGGCGGAAUGCAGAGUGCUUCUUCGCUGUCGCAUUUGCAUUUGUCGCAGUUGCAGUCCUUAUCCUCUUUGCAUGGUUCACCAAUCUCAUAAAUUAGAGAACCGAGGUAGUUUCCUGCUCGAGCAUAUUCACAUCCCACCAAAGUCAUGUCUUUACACCAUACAACUGCGCAACCGACUUUCUUGCUCCACUGCCAGACUACCUAAAACGAUGCAUGUAUUCCUUUGA